AUGCUGGACAUCAAAAGCCCUCUGCGGGAAGUCAAAUCUCAGGCUGAGGGAGCUGCGGCUUCAGCAUUUAAAGGCAAUAUUUCUACCCCUGACAAAGACCGAAUUAAGAGGCCCAUGAAUGCUUUUAUGGUAUGGUCCAGAGUACAGAGGAGGAAGAUGAUUACAGAGCAUCCUAAAAUGCACAACUCUGAAAUUAGCAAAAAGUUGGGGGCACAGUGGAAGAUCCUUGGCGAUUCAGAGAAGAAGCCUUUUAUAGACGAAUCAAAAAGGCUGAGAGCUCAGCAUAUGGUUGAGCAUCCAGAUUACAAAUACAAACCAAGGAGGAAGCAAAAGACCCUCCAGAAAAAGGAUCGGUAUUCUUUGCCUGGGAAUCUUACGGCUUCAGAUGCAAACCCCUUAUCUAGCAAUAUUGAGGUGGCACAAAGGACAGACCCGUAUGCAAAUUUUACCGGUUGGCCAAAUGUCCCUUAUGCUCUGCUUCAGGAGCAGCUUGGCUACAUGCAGCACCCUGGGUUAAACAGUUCCCAGAUCCAACCAAUGCAUAUGUAUGACAUCGGCAGCAGCUUUCAUUAUAAUCAUAUGCCUUCUGGUCAGGCCUACUUGAAUUCUUCCUCCGCCUAUAAUCUAACUUCACCUUACAACCAGCAAAGCUCAAAUGCUAUAGCCAUGGGAAACAUGGUGUCUGGGGUCAAAACUGAAUCCAAUUCUCCACCUCCUGCAAUCACCCCACACAUUCAAAGAGUCUACUCUGGAGAUGUGCGAGAUAUGAUCAACAUGUACAUGUCUCUAGGUGGAGACGAAAGUGACCAAUCUUCUCCCCACGCCAGCAGAUUACACAGCAUCUAUCAACCUUACCAAAAUAUGGGGCCUGGGGUAAAUGGAAACUCCUCUCUCGAUCACAUUUAA